UUCGAUUUUGAGUUUUGAAAAUGUGGACACUUAAAACGUACUCGCUGCGCUUUGUUUUAUUGGUCACAAUAUUGAAUUGUGUCAGCGCAGAACCGCAAUUACAUGCAGCGGCUGAUGGUACAAAAUUUUAUAUUGAAAUCGAUGGAAAGUACAAUUGGUUUCAAGCUUUACACGAAUGCGCUCGCCGUGGUUAUCAGUUGGUUGAAGUACAUACCGGCCAAAAGCAUAAUGUUCUAAUGAAUGCUUUGGAUUCAUUCUUUGGAAAGCCACAUAACCUAUGGCUGGGAGCCAAUGAUGAGUAUAAUAGUGAGCGAGACUUUAAUAGACCCUUUUAUUGGGCCUCUUCUGGAAAACGCAUGAUAUUCUCCUAUUGGUCCAGCAAUAAUCCAGACAAUUAUAGAAAUAAUGAGCACUGCGUGCAUACCUGGACAGAGAGAGAACAUUUUGCUUGGAACGAUGCACCUUGCACCUCGAAAAUGGGCUAUGUUUGUGAGCAGAAAACUGUGCCAUAGUAUGAGUAUUACAUAUAACAAUACUAAAUAUUUAAAAUCCAUUCAAAAAGUUAAAUAAACUGAGUUUUUUGAAUUUUAUUUUAUAAAAAUCAA